CGAGCGCAGGAAGGCGGGGGGAAAGCAGAAGCGGUAGGGCCAGCCCUUCCCCGGCUGCCUAGCGUUGGGAUUUUCCUCCCCUUUUUUUUUUUUUUUUUAAUUAUUUUUGCAAAUUCAAAGGGAUUUUUUUUUUUUUUAAAGUAUUUUUAAAUUUUUUAAUUUAGUUUUUUUUGCAUCCUGAUUUACAGCAAAAUUACCGGCAGGACUCGCCCUCGCUCUCUCCGAGCAGGCAGCGGCGGAAUUUGUGCCGUUCCUGCCGGCUUUGUGCCCUGAAGCCCCGUCCCUCCUCUUCCUCCUCCUCCUCCUCCUCCUCCUCCUCCCCCCCCCUCCUCCGCCGUAAAGCCUUAACGCGACUCCGAGAAGCAUCCGAAAGCGCCGCAGCCGCUUGUCCUAAACCACCCCCCCGAAGCGACGACUGCAACGAACCCCCCUUUAUUUUUUUAUUAUUAUUUUUUUUUCCCCUCCUUCCUCUUCUUUUCUUCUCCUCCCUCCUCCCCCCGCAAACGCAUCAAGGUGGACGCGGAGCGCAAAAAGACCUUUGUUUUAAAAAUGCCCAUGGAGCUGACGCAAAGCCGCAUCCAGAAGAUUUGGCUUCCCAAUGACAACCGCCCGGCACUGCCCCGCCGCUCCUGUGGGCCGCAGCUUGCCAAUUCCCCCACCGUGAUAGUGAUGGUUGGCCUCCCAGCCCGCGGGAAGACCUAUAUCUCCAAGAAGCUGACUCGCUACCUCAACUGGAUUGGUGUCCCAACAAAAGUUUUCAACGUGGGAGAGUAUCGCCGCGAAGCGGUGAAGCAUUACAGCUCCUAUGACUUCUUCCGCCCCGACAAUGAGGAGGCCAUGAAAGUCAGGAGACAAUGUGCCCUGGCUGCCUUGAGGGAUGUCAAGCUGUACCUGACGGAGGAGGCUGGCCAGAUUGCGGUAUUUGAUGCCACCAAUACCACGCGGGAGAGGAGAGGGAUGAUCCUAAACUUUGCCAAAGAAAAUGGGUUCAAGGUGUUCUUCAUUGAAUCUGUCUGCAAUGAUCCCACGGUAGUUGCCAGCAACGUUAUGGAAGUAAAAUUGUCCAGCCCUGAUUACCGGGACUGUAAUUCGACCGAUGCCAUGGAGGACUUCAUGAAGAGGAUCAAUUGUUACCAAGCCAGCUACCAGCCGCUCGACCCUGAUGACUAUGACCGGGAGCUUUCUCUCAUCAAAGUCAUCGAUGUUGGCCGGCGAUUCCUGGUCAACAGGGUUCAGGAUCACAUCCAGAGCAGGAUCGUUUACUACCUGAUGAACAUUCAUGUCCAGCCCCGCACCAUUUAUCUCUGUCGGCACGGCGAGUGCGAGUCCAACCUCAAGGGGAAGAUUGGAGGUGACUCGGGCCUCUCCAACAGGGGCAAGAAGUUUGCACUGGCACUGAACAAGUUUGUUGAAGAGCAGAACCUGAAGGACCUCAAAGUCUGGACCAGCCAACUAAAGAGGACGAUCCAAACGGCAGAAGCUCUCCAACUGCCCUAUGAGCAGUGGAAGGCACUCAAUGAAAUAGAUGCUGGUGUGUGUGAAGAAAUGUCAUAUGAAGAAAUCAGGGAGCAGCAUCCAGAGGAAUUUGCUUUACGUGAUCAGGAUAAAUAUUACUACCGCUAUCCUUCUGGGGAGUCCUACCAAGAUCUGGUGCAGCGCCUAGAGCCGGUCAUCAUGGAGCUGGAGAGACAAGAGAACGUCCUUGUGAUCUGUCACCAGGCUGUCAUGCGCUGUCUCCUGGCAUACUUCCUGGACAAGAGUGCAGAUGAAAUGCCCUACCUGAAAUGUCCCCUUCACACAGUGUUGAAGCUGACCCCGGUGGCCUAUGGCUGCCGGGUGGAGUCCAUCUCGCUGAACAUCGAAGCCGUUAACACCCACAGGGAACGGCCAGAGGAAGCAAAGAAGGGACCUAACCCGCUCAUGAGACGUAAUAGCGUUACCCCUCUAGCAAGCCCAGAGCCCACCAAAAAACCUCGCAUCAACAGCUUUGAGGAGCAUGUGGCUGUUUCUUCCGCCCUGCCAGGCUGUGUUCCUCAGGAAGUGCCCACGCAGCUACCGGGACAACCUUUACUAGGGAAGGCAUGCCUAACAUGAACAACUCGCAGAAGCCGUUGUGACUCUGUUGGCGCUGUCGCGAGGCCACCAGCGACGUCACCGGCGACGCCAGCUUCCCAUCCCAUCGCCAUUUCCGAAGCUUGCUUAUAAACCGGUCUCCUCCGUCUGCGGUGAGGUCGACCCUCGGCUGUUUCUACCCGUGCCCGUUCAUCUGCAAACCGCUCUGCUGAAGGGGGGAGAGAUGCAGGAGAGCGGAGGAGAGGAGCCAAGCUCCCCGGGGUCACCACCAGAUCUUUAGGCUGCAGCAUUUGCUCUCCUCUCUGGCGUCCUGUUAAAUCGUAGCAAGCUGUAAAGUGCUUCUAGCGCACAGGAGUUUUAAUUUUCUUCUGUCAGUGGUUUUGAUCUCCUUUUGUAUAGACGAUUGGUACCCAUCCGCCUCUGGGUGGGGUGUAUAUAUGUGGAUGGUGCAGGGUUAGCAGAGAAAUAGGGGGAAGGGGUGGGGAAUGAAGGGGUUUCGCAUUUUUUUUUUAAUUAUUAUUAUUAUUAAUUACUUUUCAAGAAAGCCCCUAAUGUGCUGUGCUGCAGUCCUUUACCCACGCUACAACCUGUUGCACACGCAAGCCCGGCUCACCCAGGCCUGUGAGCACCAGGAAGGCAGUUGUGUGAAGUCUUCCACAGCAAGAACUGCCGGGUUUAACAAAAAAAAAAACCCCACCCCAAAACGUUCUUUCUUUUUUUUUUUUUUUUUUUUUUUUUUCCAAUCAAUACACCUUAAAGGGGUUUGCAGAGAAUGUAGAUCUGCUUCUAAAACUGGUUGUGAGCUGCCUGUGGUGUAGAGGGACCCACGCUGAUGCUGGCUCCGGUGAUGCUUUCAUCUCGGGGAGCACCCGGGGAUGGUCUGAGUUCGGGAUCGUGUCGAUUUUUGGGGAGCCUGAGCACCGGUUGAGGUGCUGUGCCAGUACUUCAUCUCCCCUUUCCUCCGCCUUGGAGGAAAGCGGAGAGUUUGGUGGGGGGGGGGGUUGAAUCCCUGCAUCGUCACGGGAUUGUCUAGCAGGUGGAUGGGCUGAGCUAGAUGCAUUUUGCAGACACACAGGUCUCGUGGAGGUGGCCAGAGGUCUGGCCGGAAUGCAGAAGUCCCUGUGUGGCUGCAAAAAGCCACAAGAAGGGACAGUUUUGUCUGUGUUCUCUUUUUUUUUUUUUUUUUUUUUUUAUUUAAUAUAUACACAUGCACACAUACAUGUGUGCGUAUAUGUGUAUAUCUAGAAACCGCUUGGUUUUUGCACUUUAUUUGUGGCAGGAGCAUAACUUUUUUUUUUUUUUUGAGUCGUGCCCCUUAACAGGGGAAGCCUGAAUACAGGCAACUUUUUUUUUUUUUUUUUUUUUUUUUCCACAUGCUGGAAAGCUGGGACUACAAAAAAAUAGUAGUUACGGUGUUCGAGGUGUGUAUGUGGGGGGAGAAGGGGGCGAGGUCCUGACUUAGACGCCGCCAUCAGCCAACUCCCAGUGGUUUGAUAACGCAAGAUCCCUUCUUGGCAGCCUGUCCCGGGCUGCGAGACAGUGGUUAAAAAUGGCAAUUAACCACUAUUGCUUUGUGCAAAAGUCUGUGGAUUUCGAAUAUGGUUGUUUUUUUAGGGUUUGGGGUUGUGAUUUUUUUUUUUUUUUUUUUUUUCCCCCCCACUCCUAUGUGCAGUAUCACCUUCAUCCCCAUCUCAUGCUUUUUUGGCUGCAUGGCUGAGCUGGAGGCAGGAGGUGAAGGCAGCCAAGCUCCCCUGCGGUGCUGGGCUGGGGGGUUGGAGAUGGGCAGCCCUUCGGUUUCAUCCUUCCCAUGGCUUUCCCCAACCCUUGUGUAAGAAACAACAACCCUACAGAUGGGAACAGAGAGGUCUGGGGAGAAAGGAUGAUUUUUCUUUUUUUUUUUUUUAAUUUUAUUUUUAUUUUUUAAUUUUUUCGUGUGUAUGUUUUUCGGGGGGUUCGGUCUGUUUUUCCUUUGGGAAAAGGUGAACCACAGUGCCUAGCGCUUCAGCCUCGUGCAGCCAAAGCGCGUGCUCGGAGCGGCACCGACGGCGGGAGGGGGCCGGGACCGAGCUCGGUCCGUAUCUGACUGGGGGAGACGGUCCCGGCAGUGCCCUGCCUGUGUGAGCUUGUGCAUAUGUGUAUUAUAUUCCUGUACAGAUGAAAUAAAGAACACUUCCCCCCCCUCUUUUUUUUUUCUUUUUUUUUUUUUUUUUUUUUUUUUUUUUUAAUAACCGCACUAAAAGCAGGCUUCUCCCUGUGCACACAGUUGACAUCUGCCCUUUCGGUUUCUCUGACUUUGAGAAAAAUGAAUGUUUUGGGAAGGCGAGUCACUUGUCUUUUCAGCCUCCUUCCUGGGGAGUUUUAUCUUUCUCCUCCUGCUAAGAAAAGAUAAGCUGGCAAAUGUAAACAUGACGUCUGACUGCCCCGUGAUCAAUCCGGUACACAUGUAAUUCUGCAGAUGUUUUGGUGUGUAUUUGUGUGUGUGUGUGUGUGUAUAUAUAUAAAUAAAUAAAAAUAUAUAUAUUAAAAAAAAAAAAGCAAACCGCAAAAAACUUAAUGACCCUAAACUUUCUUCCUUUGGGACUAACAGAGGUCUCGGUAGGUCUACAAAAAGAUGACGUUUGAACCUGGUAUUUUUUUCCAGCAAGGGUAAAAUUGGUCUGUGAGCAGCAGAGAAGCCCUCUCGUGCUGGAGGGGUUGGCGGUAGGUGGGAUGGUGUCAGCCCUGUGCCAUCACGCUGCCCCAGAAACUCGCUGCCCAUCAUUUUUGGUUAACAGCCAAGGACCAGGUAGCGAUGCUGCAGCCAAGGCGGGUGGGGAGAGGGGACUUGUCAAACCACACCAAUGAUUUCUUCCCCACCCCUUUUUUUUUUCUGGUUUUGUUUUCCUUUGUGAUACUUGAAUUUAUUUUUUUAUUAUUUUUUUUGAUAGCAAAGCGCUCUAUUUAUUUAAUGUAUACUGCAAAGCUUGGAGAGAAGGGUAGUUACUUGGGAUUUUUUUUUUUUUUUUUUUUUUAUUUGUGGUAUGUUAACUGUUCUGUAUAUACGUCUGGAAUAAUUGCCUGAUAUAAAGCUGUGCCAGCUUAAAAACAGGGUAUGCCUUUCAGAAAUUUGUAUAUUUUGCAGUUGCUGGACCAAUAAAAUAUCUUGUUGAAAUACA